AGCAGAGCAUGACAAACAUCGCCAACAAGAUUACUCGAGCUUGUACAGUUUGCCGGGAUAUCUCAACGCCAAAAUCUCUCUCUCUGUCUCUCGAGCAUGUUAUAUUCAGUACAAGCCGCUCACGUAGCACUGAAAUAAAGACCUCUCCACGGUCUGCCAACUAAUCUACACUGAGGACCUCUAGAACAUCUUCGGCAGUUGGUGAUGGGAAACGUUCCUAUCAGUGUGACGACCUUUUAGAUAGUGCCAUAUAUAUCUGCAAGGUUUUAAGUGGAUGUGCCCGUCGAGAGCAUCCUCUUGGCAUGUAGUUCAGCCGACUGUUUCAUUUGCAGCGAAGUCUUUCAACAAGGAGUCUCAAUGCACGUGGAUCAAGCAAUAUGAGCAGACAUGCACGCGUUUAAACCUUGAAUGUGAAGGCAAUUCGAAGAAUAGGCGGAGGUACAGGAGCCUUAUCACUGCAGUGGCGAACGGAGAGGGACAGCCGUGAUGAUUGCAGGAGAUUCUGGGUUCAGAGCCAAGAACGACCAAAGAAGCCCUGUCUUCGUUAAAGCAGAAUAGUGAGGACGAUUCUGGACAUCGACGCACUCUGUGGUAGAACGUCCACACAGCUACAAACUAAAGGAGUGACGAUUGGAACAGCUUCGUAGCAUCUUAGACCUAAGGACCAUUAUAGCCGAUCUAUCACAGCCAAUGAAGUACAGAAAGGUCAAUGGUAAUCGUCGACGCCUUUAAGUACAGAUUUUUUCGCUACUGCAUUAAGUAUCAACUGGAGAAGUGUAAGACGUGUGACUGUACCUGUGCAGGUGAAAACUACGGAGGAGAUAUCAACUGGAAGACAUAUUCUGUAGUGUAAAAAUAUAUCUCUAAACGGGUUAUGCCUAGGUAUUCUUAUGGACUUCCUGUUGGAGACUUUGAGGGACAAAGGUAAAUCUACAGGAAUCUGAAGAAGGAUUCCACUGGGAUUCUGACGUCUCUUAUAAGCCAUUCCAGCGUGGUACCCUCAGAACUGUUUGUAGAAGAUUUCCAUCGCAGUAUUGCAGAAAUGCCAAGCUCCAUAGUGAUUCCAACGUCUUUUUGCUUGAAUAGCAUGUUAAAGUUAAACUGCUAAAAAGCAUUAGCAACAUCUUGUAGUUUCCAACGUACCAUCGGUGUUUGGACGUGAUAAAUGUUUCCGUCACAAGGACUAGAAGCAACCAUCUAUUGCGAUCUGCCAGCAGAAGUACAUUGAGAAUGUGAUGGCUACCGCAGGAGUCUGCUCGCUGAUUGUCUGUGUGCUGCUGGUAUGUGGCAGUGUGGGGGUCAGUCUGAAUACGUCAACCACCGCUGCCCCGCUCAUGAUAUCGUCGUCUGCAUCAGCCGCGACGUCAACCAAGAGUCCAUCAGUUCUCCUGUCACAGUUGCAAGCUGCCGCCAAGUCUCAACGUCAAAAUGGGCCUGAAGUAACUCGCAGACAAGACUUUAUCGACAGCAGUGAUGACUUAUUGAAGGGAAAAACUUUAAAGGCUGUCACAGUUUUGGAAGACCCUUACGCCACAAAAAAGGUAACAGACGAAGGUACCGAUUUCCAUGGGUUCGUGAUAGACAUCGUGAAGGAGUUGUCGUCUAGUUUGGGGUUCGACUUUGAGCUGUACGUGUCACCAGAUGGAAAGUACGGCGCCCCCAAAGAGAACAACACACAGUGGAGCGGCGUGAUCGGAGAGAUAAUGUCCGGUAGAGCAGAUGUUGCCGUAGCUCCGGUGACCAUCAGCUCGGAGAGGGAACAGGUCGUGGACUUCACCAACCCGUUCAUGGACCUGGGCGCAGGGCUGCUCAUGAAGAAACCGGAACCGGAAGGAACCAGUAUUUUCGCAUUCCUACAGCCGUUCAAAGGAACCGUAUGGUUUUCUAUCUUGGGAGCAUUGUUGGGGACCGCCAUCUUGCUGUAUGUCACCAGCAGGCUAAGGUUCAAAUGUGAUAUUGGGGACCAGAAUUACUACAACGACCGCAAAUUCAAUUUCAAGAAUAGUCUGUGGCUGACGUACUGGUCGAUCGUCCGGAAAGGAGGAGAGCCUGCGCCCCGCUCCCUCCCCUCCCGUAUCCUGGCCGGUGCCUGGUGGUUCUUCACCCUGAUCGUCAUCUCCACCUACACUGCCAACCUCACAGCCUUCCUCACCGUCAAGCGGCUCGUCUCACCAAUCAAGUCUAUUGACGAUCUGGCGUCUCAAAACUCCAUCCCGUUUGGCGUGACACAAGAAACAUUUCUCUAUUCCUUCUUCAAGGGGCAAGUAGACACUGGCUCUGUGUACGAGAGGAUGUGGGAUUCGAUGCAGACCACUGAAAUGUUCCCCCCGAGCAGCAUGAAGGGCGUGGAGUGGGUUCGUGCUGGGCGGUACGUGCUGAUCGAGGAGACGCCCUUUCUGGAGUACACUGUGAGAACUGAUCAAAACUGUGAGCUCAUGCUCCUGGGAAAACCGUUCUUGUUCAAAGGCUAUGGGUUUGCCACGCGCAGAGGAAGUGCCAUCAAAAAGCAGCUGUCGGUGGGAAUAUUAAAGCUCCAAGAAAGUGGAAAGAUGAGCGAACUACGGGACAAAUGGUGGCCCAAGGACGGCUGUCCACUUGAUGGGCAGUCGUCUAAUGUCAACGAAGCCUCGGCACUGGGUCUGGACAUCUUCCUGGGCGUUUUCUAUGUACUAGGAGCGGCCGCCAUUUUGGCUGUUGUCGUCACGGCCGUCCAAGUCAUAUACUAUCGCUUCUGCAACUUCGGAGAAAAGUUAAAGAAGAUGAACUCCAACCGGCGAACCAGUCUGAAGAAUCACGUGCUGAGACGACAGUCUACCGAUGUGAACCUGCACUAGUAACUUCACGUCUAUACAUAUCUCCUUUUAUGGUGCAGAGGCGAACAAAACCUUUUAGUACAUUAUUCAGACAUGGGUACAACAGUCAUCCUAAGUGAUUCGAGAUGGGUGAUUCCUUACAUCUGCACGCUUGUCAACUAUAAAUGAUGGAUGCAUACUGCCAAUAACUCUUGCACUACAGAAUAGAUGACAAGUUGUCUUCUUAUCUACGAAAUAGAUUUCUACUCAUCUAAUUGUUUUCACAGGCAUAAAGAUUGGCUGUGCGUAUUGUAUAGGGAUAUUAGCUAAUUCAAUAAGAGGUACAUGUCUAUUGCCAUACAUAUAUCGAUAACCAUACCUUCCGUACGCAAGAGUUAUUGAUUGUAGGAUGGCAAUUGAAUUUGUUUUAAAGACAUUAUCUGCUGGUACUGCAGAAGACGUUACUGAAAGUAAAAGCAUUGGCACCCAAAACAAUGCAUCCUUGUUGUUAAUCACUAUAUUUGGAGUUGCACAAGAAAUCCUAUUUUAACCGGAUUAAAGGCUAUAACUGAAAAUCACAAGAUCAUGAACCGCGAGGGAAUACAGGGCCGUAUUAGUAUAAGAUUUGCUGAACAGAAGUUAACAUUAUAGCAGUCGGCAAGUAAAUAAGUAUUUAGGAGCAAACGAAAUAAUGACAACAAACAUUUGUUGUAGGUCUUUUUUCUUAAGCCUCUUUUAAUUGUUAGCUCUAGGCAGCGGCGAUGACAUUUAGACUUGACGUCUCUACUUUUAUCUACAUGACUUGUGAUGUCAGAAUCUUACCGUUUAUUAGACAUGUGUGAAUAAUGUUUGUACAAACGUUGCUUUCGAUGCAAUGUACAUUUAAUCCACGGUCUUAUUAGGUGUUCAAAAACAAUGAUCUAUAUACGUUCAAAAACUUCAUAUAUAUCGAUAGCAUAUUUAUACCGAUGUUAAAUUUCAAUCAAUUUCACGCUUUUACGAGUCUGACAUUUGGUAAUAGGUUGUUGUUAAGGUCAGUGAGUUAAAGAAACUUCAAUAGAAUUUAAUAGUAAGGAAACCAGAGAAAAUUUUCAAAAAUUCAAAGAGAAGAUAUUCAACCCUAAAAGAGUUAGAAAAAUGUAUUGACUUAGAUGUCUUUAUCCUGAAAUUUACUUAAGACAAAAUGUGACAAAAGUGAUAUCACUUAUUUUCAUUGUAAUGUUAUACCCGUAUGAGCAAAAAUGUAAUUUGUAUGUAGCAGAAAUAUGUAAAAUAUGUAAAAAGAAUAGAAGAAGUGUGUCAUUCAAGUUAACAGUUUACAUGAUGCUACUGACUUUUCUGAACCUGUAUUCUUUGUUAAAUCCUAUGACAAUGUUGUACCUCUCGUGCACCUGUAAAUUGCUUCAAUGUAGAUAUUAUUACAUAUACGCCAGUUUCUUGAGAGAAAGAAAGGAACAAGAGCUUCAGAUAACAUAAUUUUUGUUAUGUGAACAUGCUCACAUAUUUCUGAAGCACAGAACGCAGUCUAUGUUUUAUGGAGUUGUAAACCUUAUAUUUUGUUACGCCAAUAUCAGACAACGCCAGUCUGACCCAAUGGUAACGUGUGGGGCAGCCAUAAUCGGUUAAACCAGCUCCUCAUUAUAUGACGUGUGUUUUUAGAUGGAAACGUAGCGCAACACAUGACACGAACGGCUUCCUUUUGGCCGAUACAAC